GAAUGGAGCCACCUUAGCAGUAGCAGUACGACCGACAUCACCCACCGGCCUCACUGCAACACCGGUCUCAGAAACCCUCUCCUCCCCUCCCUCAGGUUUUGCCACCCCACGAUCCCGACAUUCCACCAGCCCAACUCCUUACCAUUCACUAACCCUUCACUCUCGUCAACCCCAGCCAUGGCAACCCUUCGAUCUCACCACCUCUUUCUCUUGCUCCUCCAUCAUGGCCUCACUGUUUGCUCCGCUGUAGCUGCCUUUUCCCCAAAAGACAACUUCUUGAUCAACUGUGGAGCUAAUGCAACUGUUACGUCGGCCGACGGCCGAGCAUUUCGGCCCGACACGUCAGGUGAAGUCUCAUCCUUCGUUCUGUCACCCAUCUCUCACGACGUGGUUCAAGUCAGCUCAUCCGAUGUCUACGGAAGUGCUCGUGUCUUUAGAGAAGCAACUGCGUAUAGGUUCAGCAUCAAACAGAAGGGUAGACAUUUCUUGAGGCUGCAUUUCCAACCCAUAAGGAGCUCCCUGUACGACAUGAAAUCUGCUUCCUUUUCGGUCAAGGCCAAUGAGUACACCCUGCUUCACAAUUUUUCUUGUUCAAGGUUGGAUCUUUGCAGAUCUGCUGUAGUGAAAGAAUACAUAAUCGAAGUGGGUUUGGUUCUGAAACAGCUAUCUGUCAUGGUGACUCCUUCGAAUGGCUCCAUCGCGUUCAUCAAUGCCAUCGAAGUUGUAUCAGUGCCUGGUAAUUUGGUCCCUUCUGUUGCAUCCCCUGUUCCUCCAGGGCCUGGUGUCGAGAUUUCAGCUCGUACAGGCUUCGAGACUGCAUAUAGGAUCAAUGUGGGUGGUCCAGUUUUGGAUUCGAGGAACGACACCUUGUGGAGAGUUUGGGAGGAUGAUCGGCCAUUCCUGGUCAUUUCAGCUUCGGUGCACAGCAUCUCAACUGAUCCGGAUUCAAUCAGAUAUCCAUCUGAAGUACCGCAGUAUAUAGCACCGAGCUUGGUAUAUGCCACAGCACAAGAAAUGGCAGAUGCAAAUGUUGGUAACCAGAAGUUCAACAUCUCCUGGGUGUUUAACAUCGAAUUGGGAUUUAUGUAUCUGGUGAGACUGCAUUUUUGUGAUUUUUUGAGCAAGUCGGCAAGAAACCUUCUGUUCAAUGUCUAUAUCAACAAUCAGUCUGUACUAAGCUCAUUUGACAUAUCGGGGAAAAAAGGGUUUCUGACUGCUUACUUUGUGGAUUUCAUCGUCGAUGUCCAAAUGGAUUCAGAUAGGAGGAUCCUCGUUCAAAUUGGUCCUCCUGAGCUGAUGAACUUCCCACCUGAUGCAAUUCUCAAUGGCCUUGAGAUCUUCAAACUUAGUGAUUCGGACGACAAUUUUGAUGUGAAUCAUAUGGUGCAUUCUAUUGAUGUUGAGUUGACAAAAAAGCAAAAGAAUGAAGCACUUGUUACUGCAUCAUCAUGUUUUCUAGGACUUAUGUUUCUAAUCAUCAUUGUUGUAGUGAUCUUAUUGUGCCUCAGGGGUCGAAGGAAUGCUAAGAAGCCAACUUUGGCAUCGUUCCCUUCAACCAUUGCUCCGACCACCCACGUGGGCAACUCACACACAAAGGUCUCUACUCGUAGCUAUGCUUCAUCAGGCCCGUCUCUUGGUAUAGGCCAGCUACUAGCCUUCUCAGAGAUACAAGAAGCAACCAAGAACUUUGAUGAGAGCUUGGUUGUAGGUAUUGGUGGCUUUGGAAAGGUGUACAAAGGAGUGUUAGAAAAUGGGCUUGUGGUGGCAGUAAAACGGGGAAACCCCCGAUCCCAGCAAGGUUUGGUUGAGUUUAGGACGGAGAUCGAGAUGUUAUCCAAGCUUCGUCAUCGCCACCUGGUUUCCCUCAUAGGUCACUGCCAUGAAGCCAACAAUAUGGUGCUUGUUUAUGAGUUCAUGGCUGGAGGUCCCCUGCGCAAGCACUUAUAUGGCUCAGGUCUUCCAGCCCUCUCAUGGAAACAAAGGCUUGAGAUCUGCAUUGGAGCAGCGAAAGGUCUUCAUUAUCUUCACACAGGAGCUGCCGAGAAUAUAAUACAUCGAGAUGUUAAGACAACGAAUAUUCUCCUCGACGAGAAUCUUACUGCCAAGGUUGCUGAUUUUGGCUUAUCUAAGAUGGGACCUACACUAGACCAAACUCAUGUGAGCACGGCGGUGAAGGGAAGCUUUGGCUAUCUUGAUCCUGAGUAUUUCAGAAGGCAGCAACUAACGGAAAAAUCAGAUGUAUACUCUUUUGGAGUGGUUCUCCUGGAGGUGUUGUGCGCUAGGCCUGCAAUCAAUCCAGCACUUCCUCGAGAUCAGGUUAACAUAGUGGAGUGGGCAAUGAAUUGGCAAAAGCGAGGUCUGCUAGAGCAUAUAAUCGAUCCUCAUCUUGCAAGGACUGUUAGUCCAGACUCUCUGCGGAAGUUCAGUGGAACAGCUGAGAAGUGCUUAGCAGAACAUGGUAUCGACAGGCCAUCCAUAGGGGAUGUGUUAUGGAAUUUGGAAUAUUCACUUCAACUCCAAGAAACUUUUUUAGGUGUAAUCGGCGACGGAAGCAGCAGUAACUGUAUCCCAGACCUUCGUGAAUGGAUACCACAAGUAGACAUUGCACAACAUGAUGUCAGUGUUUCCAGUGAUGCAACUGAUGUAGCAACAAGCAGAGUGUUCUCGCAGCUGAUGAAUCCAAAGGGAAGAUAGGUAAUUUGCAGGGUCAUGGACGACGUUGUUUCUCGCAUGUUGGAUUGAAGAUUUUAGUCAGUAAGUUGUGUAAUUGAUGAUGCAGCAAAACUUGCUCGGGAUGAUAAGUUGUUUGUUGAUGUAGAAGAAACAUUGACAUAUGCUCGAAGAAUUUGUUGUAAAGGCUUGAUUUCAUUCGAUGAGGUAAUGCAAAUGUUUAAAUCAUGUACAUAUAUCAUAGUGAUUGAU